UAUUAAUAUUUUGGGGUUUUUCCUUCCUUGUUCGAAAAUUUCUGUAAAUGACAUGCAUAACCUCUGCAACUUUCAGAUACACUUGUUCAUUGAGAGAAAAAAAAACACGGUAAUGCACUAGAAAUACAACAUGCAAUAGAGUUUUGAAGAUGAAUUCGAUAGUCAAAUUUUACACUAUUCUAGUGACACUUUUGAUUAUUGAGAUAUCAGAUGGGGAACCGGAUUGUAAAAUACCAUGCUAUUGCAAACCUACACAGAAAACGGCAGCAUGUGCUUCUCGUCACUUACAUUAUAUUCCUAAGCUACCAAGUUAUGUGGAACAAGUUAAGUUUGUGGGAAAUAACUUCACAUAUCUUAGUAGAAGUUUCUUUAAAAAUAUAACAUCAAAUAACAAAAUCAUUUUGAUGAACUUAACAGACAAUUUGGUGCUUAAUAUAAGUAUGGACGCUUUUGCUGACUUUCAAUAUCUUAACGCAUUGGAAAUUUCAAAAGAGGAAAAGCUACCCACUUUUUCUCUGAAGAAGGCAUAUCAAAGCUUAAAUAAAUCAAUGGUAAAAAGUUUGACUUUUUCUGGAAACGGAUGGGAAUAUUUGCCUUUUGAUAUGUUCAAAGAGCUAAAGUUAAGUCGGAUUCGUUCCUUAUCCAUGACUUCUAACUCGCUGAAGGAUUUGGAUGGUGAAAUCUAUUCUUACCUGAAGUCGUUAAAAAUCCUCAAUCUGGCGCACAAUGAAAUCAAGAAUAUUAAUCUUUCUGGACUUACUGUUUUAGAAGAACUUGUGUUAAUAGAUAAUGAUAUUCAUAAUAUUCCUACAUGGUGUAAUAGUACAGGUGGUAGUUUAGUUCCACAUCUAAAAAUAUUGCGACUUGAAAGCAAUUCAAUUACCGAAAUGAAUAGUUCGUCUUUCAAGUGUCUUCGGAAUCUUCAACAGUUGCGAGUAGAUUACAACAACUUCCGUUCCCUAAAAAAUAAUACAUUUAGUGAACUGGUUAAACUUGACCGACUACACCUUUCACAUAUCACAAGACUACAAGUCAUACAGGAAACAGCAUUUAAUGUACCAUCGUUAAAAUCAUUAUUUUUCCAGUAUAACGGUUUCCAUUUUGAUAAAGAGAAGAAGUUCAACGCUAAAACGAUAUUCAGCUAUUGCCCCAACUUAACAACACUAGAUAUGUCAAGCAAUUUUCUACCAUCAAUGAAGAAGUCUCAAUUAUUGAAGUUAAUGUUAAUUCCUCUGACAAAAUUAGAAAAAUUAACAUUACCGGAUACAAAAAUUAGAGGAUUGCCCAUUGGUCUAUUUCCAAAAAUGAAAUUCUUAAAGACUCUCAAUUUACAGGGAAAUUCCAUAAAUGGAUGGAAAGACAGCGAGAGAAUAUUUGGUAAUAAAUCAUCGCUAAAGACAUUAAAUCUUCAAGCUAAUAACAUCAGACUGGUAAACAAAACUACAUUCCCCCAAUCUAUGUUAUCAUCGCUGGAAUUUCUUGAUUUGUCCUCGAAUCAAUUUUCUUGCACAUGUGAUCAAAUCUGGUUCCGUGAAUGGAUUCGGGAAAACUUUGAAUCAAAAUUAAAGAAAAGCAAUCUAACACUGAUUAGUUAUCCAGAGAAGUAUGCAUGUAUGUUUCCCAGUAAUCUCAGGGGAGUGUUGCUUAAAAACUACAACCCCACACCUGAAACAUGCAAGGAGAAAAAUUAUUUCACAGCUAUAGCAGUAUCAAUAACUUUGGUUGUUGUUUUGUCGAUCGCUGUCCCCCUUUUGCUAUAUAGAUGUCAAACAAAUGUUCGCAAUUAUAUUUAUUGGUGGAGAUUGUAUAAAAAAAGGAAAUCCGGCUACAUGCGUCUAGAUAGUGAAGACUAUGAAUAUCACGCGUUCGUUGUUUAUUGCGAACCAGAUCGGAAAUGGGUCCACGAUGUCUUAGUUAAAAAGUUGGAAGAAGAAGAAGAUAUGCGAAUUUGCAUUCACCAUAGGGAGUUUGACAUUGGGGCCCCUAUAACAGGCAACAUAGGAAAAUACAUGAGUAAAUGUCGAAAAAUUGUUGUUGUUAUGUCGAACGACUUUGCCAAAAGUGAAUGGUGCCAAUGGGAAGUGGACUUAGUCCAAGAACGUCGUAGAAAACAAGGAAGGGGUGUGUCAUUACUUAUAAUGUUACAUACAAUAGAUUCGAAUCACAUGACUGAUUCAUUGAAGACUUUAUUGGACAGUACUCCUCAUUUACAGUAUAAUAAUGGCGUUGGAGAAAGGCUGUUCUGGAACGCUCUGGUAGAAGGUCUGAGGAAACCGUUUGGGCAUCCACCAGUUGCAGUCUUGUAAUUCCUGCAAAAAAUGUUUUAUAAAUAU